AUGACGGCGAAAAUAGUCGAUGAAGUUUCUGCUUCUCUCAGUAUUGUCGAUAAUAUUCCUAAAGAUGUGUACACAGAAACCUCGAUGGUUUUCAAAGAAGAGGCUGUAGGGGAGGAGGAACAUGAAGGGAAACCUGAUGAGAAUGGAGGCGGAAACCUUCUGUUCGGAGAGAAGAGCGCACCUGAGCUGCCUCUCCAGGGUGACUUGGCGCAGUACGUGGCAACUUUACGCACGCACCCGGUGGCGUUUACCGGCAAGUUUUCGGUGGAUUCCAGAAGUGCGGGAGGACCGUGGACACCGGGGGACGUUAUCGACGUGGUCAGCGCGGACAUCGCCACCCCGGGGCCGCCCACGCUAUCUGGAUCGCCCUCAGCUUCGCCAGAUAUUUACGCGGGAGGAGGAGGCGGAGAGGCAGCGGACGCGGGGGACGGCACCAUGGCGCACGGCCAGCCGGACAUCAGCCACAUGUACGCGCCCCCUCACUCUCACCCGCACCCUCACCCGGCGCCGUCCUACUCGUGCGGCGGGGACAUGUACCAGGACCAGUCGGCAGGGGGAUACCUGGCCACGUCCACCUGCGCCGUGUCCUACCACCCGCCUCCGUCCUACAACUCUGCGCCUAAACCGACAGUUGACGGCGCCGCGCUGCUCUCCAUCAUGCCCGAAUACGGAGGGUUCUAUCAGCAGAGCUGCCAGAGAGACAUCCAGACCGCCUUCCCGGAGAGGAAAUCCCUGCCGUACCCUCUGGACUCCCUCCGGGUGCCUCCGCCUCUCACGCCCCUCAACACCAUCCGGAACUUUACGCUCGGUGCGCCCUCGCCGGCCGCCGACGGUCCGAUGGCCGCCGCUUUCCCAAACCACCAGAACCUCCCCCUCAGGCCGAUCUUGAGACCCAGAAAGUACCCGAACCGACCGAGCAAGACGCCCGUCCAUCAGAGGCCGUACCCGUGCCCGGCGGAGAGCUGCGACCGGAGGUUCUCCCGGUCGGACGAGCUGAGCCGACACCUGCGCAUCCACACCGGCCACAAACCGUUCCAGUGCCGCAUCUGCAUGAGGAACUUCAGCCGCAGCGACCACCUCACCACGCACAUCCGCACGCACACCGGGGAGAAGCCGUUCUCCUGCGACCAGUGCGGGAGAAAGUUCGCCCGGAGCGACGAGAGGCGGCGGCACAUGAAGAUCCACCUGCGGCAGAAGGACAAAAGGUCCUCUGCUUCCUAAUCCCCGCUGAAAGUCAACUCUGUGCGGGCUGCUGCCACGUCCUGCCCGCCCAAACUUUAUCCUGUAGUUUAAAUCAAUCGCACAAGAAGGGAGACUUGUCUUUAGAAGCCAUAUCUUUAAAAAAAAAAAAAAAAAUUAUCAGGGAGAAUCAGAACCAGAAUCUUCAUUAUUUAUCACAAAACACAAACCGUCACUAGUCAGAGGUAAAUGAAGUGAAAUCUAAAGGAGGUUUGGUUGGAGCCAGUGGUGCCGUCCUCUUCCAAACACAGCGUGUUAAACUACCAGCAGCACAUGGUGUCUACUGUCUAUGCUUCAUGCUCUCAGGGAUUCAAUCACAGUUCAGGCGGCAAAGACGAAACCAAAAUCCUGCAGCUGAGUGAUGCAGGAAGGUUUCCUGUCUGCAGCUGAGCAGGAAAAUAGGAGUCAGCCAGGUGACUUUUGGACUUUGAGCCUAAAUUCUUCUGGCAAUGAGCUGAGAAUCUUGUGUUAGUUUCCUUGUGCCUGACACACUGGAUGCAUUAGAGGAAGAAAAAAAUCCAUUUUCAGCUGCAAAGACACAGGAUGGUAUGAGGACAUGUGUGUUUCUGUGGAGCUUCAAGUAAACGGCUGUUACUCUCCAGAGUCUUUACAUUGUUCACAUGUUCACAUAAACAAACCAACGGAUGUCAAACGGUAAUUACUUGCUGCAAUUCUGCAAAAUAUGAAACAAUAAAGGAAGAGAGGGAUGCCAGAGGGCACUGGAGGGACAGACUGGGCUAAAGAGAGACUUUUUGUUGGCUAGAAGCAGCAAAACCAAGCUUCUUUUUUUUUUUUUUUUAACCUGCAGGUUUUCUAUCAUAUUAGAAAUGUUGUCUCACACAGCAUGUUGGGAUUUUACAAGACUGUAGCCUGAUAAUCUGUUAUUUUAUGGUUGAUUUUUUUUUAUUGUUGGAUGGUUUCAGCGUUUCUACCAGAUGAAUGUGAGAUUAAGAGACGGAGUCACUGGAAUAAAGUUCUGUUGUUGUGUUUUAUAAUUUUUAUGCAAGCACUAAAGCUUUUAUUCUGAUGCUUCUUGUUGAUGCAAAUAAAUGUUGACUUGUUCCGUC